UUUCAUUGAAAAAUUCGUUGAUUUUACCUUUGUAAGCUCUGAAGAUGAAACCCAUAUGACAUCGACCAAAAUUAAGACACAAGAGCCCAGAACUAGCCGUUGGGUUUUUGUUAACAUGGACCCUAAUGUUCCAGUGUCCAUAUUAAUAAAAUAACCCGGCCUUUGAAGGCUCCCUCACGAAAAAACAUAAUAUUUAUUGAUAUCUUCCUACUCAGGAGCAAAAUGGGUGGUACAUUAUCGGCCGAAUAGUAAAUAAACACUGAUCACUUCGGUAAACAAAACAGGCACUGGCGCAACAAACGUACCGUGUAAUUUACAAAUAAAACGUUACGUUAUCAUUAUUUUACGAGAUAACAAGUAAAAUGUCAGAUUUGACAGCCGUAAACGCCAUUACAAAAUAAUGAACAAACGCCGGUCGCUAGGCAACCGCGAUUGCAUCGUUUGAAAAUUUUCCAAAUAUGCUUGCGAACGGCAGACACGAUUUGCAUUUAAGUGCCAGUAGAAGCAAACUGAAGAAAGACAUGCCGGUGUUUGAGCCGUUGCCGGUUGAAAGACUGAAUUGGCUGAUUCACUUGCAGCAUAUACGAGGGGAGAUCAACUCUUGCAAGGAGCUCAUCAAAGCGGAAAUUGAGAAGAACUCGGGGAAAAAUGAGUACGCUUUUUUCAAGCAGGGCACCAUUUUAAGGCAGGAGGGAAAAGUGCAAGAUGCUUUGGAUUCCUUUCAAAUAUGUUUAAAAUUGAAUCCAGACAACGUGGAUAACAUAAAGGAAGUUGCAAAAUGCUUAUUUGAAAUGAGGCGCUUUAGAUUGUCUUUGGAAGCUUACUUGGAAGCUGAAAGAAUCGCUAGAAGUAGAGAUUGGCAAAUUUAUUUCUAUAUAGGGCAAUGUUACUUAAGAUUGGGAGAAACUGCUAAAGCAAAGGAUUACGCAGAAAAGGCCGUUCAACUCGGAAAGCAAGAAGUUUCGUACGCAUUGCUAAUAAAAAUUUUAAUAUUGGAGGGCGAUUUUAAAACAGCUGUAGCCACAUCUAACGCCGCCGUUGAAUCGUGUCCCGACAGCGUCAAAAUGCUCACGAAAUCCGGACUUUUAUAUUUGAAAACAGGGCACAUGCAAAAUGCAUUUGAACAGUUAAGUUCUGCCUUAGCUUUGGAUCCCACUUGUUCAAAAGCUUUAUUGGGUAUCGGAUACAUAACCCAGAGGCAUGAAGAAUUCGAUGUGGCAUUAACAAAAUACAAAAUAGCAGUUGUGUACGCACCUGACUCGGUGGCUUUGUGGAAUAACAUAGGCAUCUGUUUUUAUUCCAAACAAAAAUAUGUUGCGGCUAUAAGCUGUUUGAAACGAGCUCUAUGGAUUUCCCCUUUAAACUGGAAGGUGCUGUUCAAUUUGGGCCUGGUCCAUCUGGCCACUCAACAACCGACAUCUGCCUUCAACUUCGUGUGUGCCGCCGUUAACCUUCGGCCAGACAUAGCAGACUCUUUUGCCGUACUGGGAUGUGCCCUUUUAGAACUGAAAGACGCUGAAAAUGCGGUGCUUGCUUUCAGGCAAGCUCUCACUCUGGCUCCUUCAAAUCUUUUAAUUAUGGCUAAUGCAGCCGCCUGUUACCAGAUAUCUGGGCUCGGAAAAGAAGCUUGCGAGCUGCUUCAACAAUAUCAAAACGUCCUUGAAAAGGGAGCUGUUGCACCGCAGGAGAUCUUGGAGCUGUGGACGAAUCUGUCCAGUCUGCUCGAACCCGCAUCCAGCGAGGAAGCGGCAACGCUGCAAGAACGUCGCGAACGAAACAAGGACGAAGGAGGAAUGACGAAAAAGGACAUCCCGAUCGAGGAUCAAAAUCCCGGAGGAUUUUCCGGUUUCGUGGAACCUCCGGGCAAGGAAGAAAGCACGACCCCUCAUGAGUUAGACGAUGAUGAAGUUUAAAGGUCAAAAUUAUUUGCUCCACUUAAUUUGUUGUUUGUUUGGUUGGUAUACUAUUAUGCUAAUAAUUAAAAUACAGUAAAAAGCACAAUAAUUAUUAUUGUGCUUUUUACUGUAUUUUAGAAAAAUUUAAAACUAAUCUUUAUUACCAA